AUGGUUCCUGUUGCAUUUGCCCUAAUGCCGAACAGAACAAGGGCAACAUAUGUGAGAUUGUUUAACCAGCUGAGCUCUGUGGUUGAGGAAAAGACCGGGUUUGACUUGUCACCUGAAGUUGUACAGACUGACUUUGAGAUUGCAGCAAUUCAAGCAAUCGAGGAGAUUUUCCCAGAUGCCGACACACGUGGUUGUUUGUUUCAUUUCAGUCAGUGCAUGCUGCGAAAAGUUCAGGGGCUUGGACUUAUGAGACUGUAUCGUGCUGAUCAAGGGGUACAAACUCUAGUUAGACGUGCCGCCAGUUUGCCUUUGCUGCCUAUCGAUCAUGUUCAAGAUGUGUGGAUAGACAUUAUGAAUGAGCGACCUGAUCACCUGCCCCAUGUAACUGAAUUUACAGACUAUGUGACAACAACGUGGGUUGAUGAUGACUCCUUGUUCGAGGUAGCUACGUGGAACCAGCAUGGCAACAUUGGCCCUAGAACCAAUAACCACCUUGAAGGGUGGCAUUCCAAGCUGAACCGUUCUCUUACAAAAGUUCACCCUAACAUUUAUGACUUCAUAAAUAAACUGAAGACGUUGAAGAGAAAACCAGAAGGACACUGA